UCGAAUCAUCCUCCUCCUCCUCUGUUUCUCUCUCUAGGAAUAAGUAUUAAGUAGUAAUCGUAACCCAGUGAGAGAAAACGACAUCAAUUUCCCGAAAGGUAAAGAUGAUGAUUUCACAUUCUACCCUCUGCACCAACACCCUUCUCUCUCUCAUUCCCGCACUCCGCCCCAACAUUCGAUUGAAAUCAAGUGAAAGAGGGUCAUACUCAUCUGUGAAGAGUUACCAACAUAGAUUUUUUGGUGAAGUUAGACAAGAAUUGAGUGGCAGUCACGAACUGAGUUCAAUUACGUAUGCUCCGCGAGCAGGUGAACAGUCUAUACUAAUCGAGGAAGAAACUUCCCAAGUGUUAGAGAAUCCAUCAAUGAAAGUUUUGCCCGGACAACCACAUCCUUUGGGAGUGUCGGAGGUUGAAAACGGAACGAAUUUUGCGAUUUUCUCCCAGAGUGCUACUGCUGUUACUCUUUGCUUGCUUCUUCAUGAGAGGGAUCAAGAGAUGAUUGAAUUAUCACUGGACGCAGAAGUAAAUAAGACAGGAGAUAUAUGGCACAUCUGUGUUCAGGAUUUGCCACGUAGCAAUGUCUUGUAUGUUUAUCGCGUGAAUGGUCCUGAAGAUUGGCAUCAAGGACAUAGAUUCGAUUACGGGAACCUUUUGCUUGAUCCGUAUGCAAAGUUGAUUGAAGGACGCCGAGUAUUUGGUGAUGCCAGCGAUAAGAUGUCUAACUUUUUCGGAACAUAUGAUUUCGAUUGCUUGCCGUUCGACUGGGGAGAAAACUAUAAGCUUCCAAACAUACAUGAGAAGGAUCUUGUUAUAUAUGAAAUGAAUGUCCGAGCCUUUACUGCUGAUGAAUCCAGUGCGAUGGACCCAAAUAUACGUGGAAGCUACCUUGGGCUGAUAGAGAAGAUACCGCAUCUUGUGGAGCUUGGUGUUAAUGCAGUUGAACUGUUACCCGUGUUUGAGUUCGAUGAAAUGGAACUGCAAAGACGCCCAAAUCCAAGAGAUCACAUGAUUAAUACAUGGGGUUAUUCAACUACAAACUUCUUUGCACCUAUGAGUCGGUAUGCAAGUAAUGGUGGAGGACCAAUUAAUGCAUCCUUGGAAUUUAAAGAAAUGGUGAAGGCAUUACACAGUGCAGGAAUUGAGGUAAUUUUGGAUGUUGUUUAUAAUCAUACAAAUGAGGCUGAUGAUGAAAAUCCGUACACUACUUCAUUUCGUGGCAUAGAUAACAAGGUCUAUUACAUAGUUGACUUCAACAACAAUGCAAAGCUGUUGAACUACUCUGGCUGUGGUAAUACACUCAACUGUAACCACCCUGUCGUCAUGGAAUUAAUACUUGACAGCUUAAGGCACUGGGUCACCGAGUAUCAUGUGGAUGGUUUCCGUUUUGAUCUUGCUAGUGUGCUUUGUCGUGGAACUGAUGGUUCUCCACUCAAUUCUCCCCCAUUGAUCAGAGAAAUUGCCAAAGAUGAAAUCCUGUCAAGAUGUAAGAUCAUUGCGGAACCUUGGGAUUGUGGAGGCCUAUAUUUAGUCGGAAAAUUUCCAAACUGGGAUAGGUGGGCUGAAUGGAAUGGUAUAUACCGUGAUGACAUUAGAAGAUUUAUAAAGGGUGACAAUAGUAUGAAAGGAUCUUUUGCGACUAGGAUUGCUGGUUCUGCUGAUCUUUACCAGGUCAAUAAACGGAAGCCGUGUCAUGGCAUCAACUUUGUGAUUGCACAUGAUGGGUUCACACUAUAUGACCUCGUUUCGUACAAUUUUAAGCACAAUGAUGCCAAUGGAGAAGGCGGAAACGAUGGAUGCAAUGACAAUUUUAGCUGGAACUGUGGUUUUGAAGGAGAAACUUCAGAUAAAGAUAUCAAGGCGUUACGUUUGCGGCAAAUGAAGAACUUCCACGUAGCACUAAUGGUGUCCCAGGGAACUCCGAUGAUGCUAAUGGGGGAUGAAUAUGGUCAUACUCGUUAUGGAAAUAAUAACAGCUAUGGACAUGAUAAUGCGCUUAAUCAUUUCCAGUGGGGCCAAUUGGAGGACAAGAAGAACAAUCUUUUUAGGUUUUUCUCCGAGAUGAUAAAGUUCAGACGGAGUCAUAAUGUCUUCACGAGAGAAAACUUUAUUGGCAAGAACGAAGUGACAUGGCAUGAGGACAACUGGGAAAAUACUGAGAGUAAAUUCCUUGCAUUUACGCUUCAUGAGGAAAAUGGAGGUGAUUUAUAUGUAGCAUUCAACGCACAUGACUACUUUGUUAAAGCUGCUAUACCUUCACCACCACAAACAAGACAGUGGUUUCGAAUGGUGGACACGAAUCUGGAGUCUCCGAGUGACUUGGUCCCGGAAGGUGUUCCAGGGGUGAAAGAGAUGUAUAAUAUGGCCCCUUACUCUUCUAUUAUUCUUCAAGCCAAACCGUAAUUCCCACUUGCAGCAGCUCACUAGUGUUUAACAUUUAAAUCUCUAUUUGUUAUUUAUAUUAAUGUUAGCCACUCUCAGCAGAAGAGGGGAAUUUUAUCAAAAUAUUAAGUAUUAAUCUUAUCAUAAUAUGUUGAAAAAAGAAAAAAAAAAAAGUCAUUCAAUAAUAGACACCUAUCUUAUAUAGACAAAUAAUAACACUGCUGCAGGGCAAAUUAGUCUUGUUCCUGCUCUUUUGGAGGCCAAAUUAGUCUUGUUCAAAUAUUACCUAUAUUUUAAGAUAUAUUAAUGUCCAGUACUGAACUAUGGACACAAAUAUAUGAUUAAUCGAUGAAUCACUGUUGAUUUAA